AUGGUUGUAUUCUCCACAGAAAUUGAGAAGGAAAGUGACCACUUCUAUGAAACUGACAAAAACUUUUCGAUGAAAAUCCACUAUGCCAACUAUCCAGACGACGAUGCCAACUUAUUUUGGAUAAAUAUGGAGAGUGAGAAAAAUGCGAAGACGUGGAACGAAAGCAUGUAUCUAACGGUGUCGUUUGAUGUGCCAUUUGGGUUUCAACUUUUCGACCUGAAUGUCACCCGCAUAGUAGUGACACCUCAAGGAAUAAUUGAGCCAGAAGAACUUCGAUUGUACAAUAAAAAAUGGAACAUCGCUCCCUUAAAUGGCAAAUUCGGAACGAGGAGCAGUAAAAUUUCUAUCCUCGUUAAAGGCAAUAACCUCUACAUCCAGUGGAACAAAUUUCGAUUCGACGACGAAUAUUAUGGACAACACGAGUUCAGCUUUCAAGUCAGACUGGGGGAAAGAGGAGAAAUCGAUUUCGUUUACAGAAAAGUGCCUUACAACAUGACAGAUUUGCAAAAAGCUUGUCCCGAAUGCCUCGAAGAUAAAUUUGGAGUCGUGUACACUCAUCACGAAGUUUUUGAAGUUCCCCGUCGCUACAUUGAAUCUUACAAGCUUGGAUUUUCCAUGGAUUUCGAAAAAUAUGAAGUCAAGGACGGGACUGUGGUCAGAUUUUUCCCGGCUGAUCGGUGCAUGGGGCAAAAAAACAGCGAUGACUGCACCAAAACGAAAUUUCAAAUCAACGCGAAAAAAACUGGCCAAUGCUCGUGGUGCCCAGCAAUUCGGAAGUGUUCCAGCAAGAGGGACAGUUUGCGGCACGCGUGGAAGGAGAACAAAUGCGACGAUAAUGACAAGAAUGUUCCUAGUACCAGCCACUCCGACAGCAAAAACAUUUCUGACAAUGGUUCGUUCAAAUCAAUGUUUCUCGUGGUUUUCUGGAUCAUCACACCCCUGAUUGUUAUGGUCACCCUCUGUGUGGUCUCCAAGGAUCAAAUUGUCAGAAUAUUUCAAACAACUCCGGCGCAAUGGUUUCGAGACUUUAUCGAAUGCUUUGAUGAGCGAAAUCAGCCGGAUGACAAUAAUCAAGCAGAAGAUGAAAACAAUGACCAGGAAUUACAGGAAUUGUAG